AAGCGGUGAAAACAUCCAAACAGUGAGAAUUCGCCUGCGAGUGGCUGAUCUCUUGAUGCCUCCAAAUAAACCACACAGGAGAGUGAGGGGACAUCCGUGCUCUUAUUCGAACCAUGACAUUAAGUUUUUCGUCCUUUUCUAUCAAAGACAUCCUCACCGGAGGUGAUGCCCGAGGGAAGCCCGGUUCCACCGGGACAGAGGAGCUCUGCGCACCGAGGAGCAACAUGUGCCUCGGAGAAGGUGGAACGAGUGAUUUGUGUCAUCAAGACGCGGAUGAGAAGCACAUCCACCCGGAGACACUUUCUCCGGAUGUCAGUGCGUCUGCUGGAACCUUCGGAUCGGAGACCUACACGGAGGAGGCCACAGGAGAGGAGACAGAGCACGAAGGAGCCGCUGCAGACCAGCAGCCCCAGUGUGCGGAUGUAGACAAACUGCAGGAGAGCCAGCUGGACGCAGAGGAGGAGGGAGACCAGCACAGCGGGGAGCCGUUCAGCUGCUCGGCCGGGGAGCAGCGGUGCAGGCCCGGCAUGAAGAAGCGCUCCAGGGCGGCCUUCUCUCACGCACAAGUCCACGAGCUGGAGCGUCGCUUCAGCGCUCAGCGGUACCUUUCAGGCCCCGAGAGGGCCGACCUGGCCGGAGCCCUGAAACUCACAGAAACCCAGGUGAAGAUCUGGUUCCAGAACCGGAGAUAUAAAACCAAACGGCGCCAGAUGGUGGCCGAGCUGGCUGCGUGCAGCUCACCGAAGAAGGUGGCGGUCAAAGUGUUGGUGAGGGACGAUCAGCAGCAUCCGGGCUGUGGAGCGCGCAUCCCCAUGACUGUGCCGCUGUACCAGGGCUACCAGUACUACCCCUACCUGCACUACUACUACCAGCCCUGGAGCUCGGACUGCCUGUCCUGUGGAGGGAUGCUCUGAAGCUCGCUCUGCUCUUUGGCGACUCCAAUGCGAGGUACCUGUUUCCUGGGAGGUUUCUGUGCAACUAAAGGGACAUUUUUUUUGUACUGAAAAUCUUUUCUUGACUCACUUUUGUAUGAUUCUGUUUGGCCCCAGAAAACAAAAGUGAUUUCCAGUUUGGUUAUUGUUUGUCUUAUAAUCAGAUGUGAGCAUUAUGCUAUAGCAUUUACUUCUUUUAACAACAAAACAGUUUGAGACAAACUAAAUGUAGAAACAGGCCUGUUCUGAUGGUAGAAUCAAGGGAGAUAAAUAAUAAAACGUUUGAAAAGUUUUCCUGCAGUGGAAAUUUGUGCAUUUACAAAUCUCUUUUGGGACUGUCAGUAGAUUAGAUUAAUAAUGAGUGCAGAAAACAUUUGAUGUGGUUUUAAUUUUAGAAUGAUUCACAACCAAAAAAGACCCCAAAACAUUAAAACACAAGUGAAAGACUGACUUGUUCAAACAUCUUUCUCUCAUCUGGAUAUUUUUUCAGAAUCAUAUGAUCUACAUAUUCAACUUUUUAAAGGUGAAUCAAAUAUUGAUUUUAUUGUAAGAUUCAUACCUUGUUGUGCAUAAAUUAUUAAAUGUGUGAGGGAGAGGUUAAAAAAAAAAAGAGGGUUAUGUAUUUUAUUUUUUCCAUCAUCUGACACAUCUAAAAUUGCAGCAUAUCCAAAAUGUAUAUUUCAGCAAUAAAAUAAUCACAAGU